UCAGAUAAAUAUUUACAGCAUCUGAAGAUGUUAAAUGUGUAUUUUAAUAGAGAUAUUAAGGCGCUGGUUCGCUGGUUGUUGGGGGAAUAGUGGAGAAGUGAAAGAAACGUGUGUGGUUAUAGCUUUUGAGUCAGUAUCAGUAUAGCGGGUCUGUUGGGUUGCAGCUUUAGUUUUUUUUUAUUUGAUAUAAACAUUGUAUAACCAUAUAUUUAUCAUGAUUUACUCUGAAUUAACACAUUAUUACACAUAAAGAUGAAUAACCCUAAAGAGCCCAUAGUGACGUGUGUGUCAUAGACCCUUUUUUUUAUCUGGUGGAGACAUCAAUUGCGCUGGAUUUAGGGCGUGUCAGUUUGUCUUUGUUAUCAUAACGACGGGAAAAGUGUACUAAUGUACUAAGUCUCUUAAUUAAUGAUGGGUGUGUUUUGGGUGUAACAUGGAAUAAACCAUUGUUGAGUCCCUUUCCAUUCCCUUUAAGAGUCAGGGGAGCUCUGACUUUGGCGCGUUUGAAUCUUAACAGUGCAGCGCUUUUGUGCUUCUCAGCAGAGGAAACUGACUUGCACGUUCACACUGUGAAGAUGUACCAGCAGAUAUUUAUUGCUGCAUAUCUGGGAGCACCAUGAUCACUGUGGAUACUGGUCUCUGUAUCGGAUCUGUCUCAGAUCUGAAGGACCCUGAAGCUCUGAUUAAUGCUGGAGUCACUCAUAUCCUCACUGUGGACUCAGAGGAGCCGAACAUCUCCGGCUUUCACAAGAAAUUUGUUCAUGCUUUAGACGAUUCAUCUACAGAUCUUCUGAGCAGACUGGAUGACUGUGUGCAUUUUAUAACAGAAGCUCUCGCUGCAUCUGAAGGCAAAGCUUCAUCGGUCCUCGUUCACUGUCAUGUGGGUCAAAGCAGAAGUGCUGCUGUUGUUACUGCUUACCUGAUGAAAACAAAGAAGCUGAGUCUGCAGGAUGCGUACGCCAAACUCCAGCAGCUCAAACCAGACGUUAAAAUGAACGAGGAGUUUCUUGACCAGCUGGUCCUGUAUGAGUCCAUGAACUGUGAGCUCGACACGAACAGUCCGUUAUACAAGCAGUACAGACUGAGGAAGGUCACUGAGAAAUAUCCAGAGCUUCAGAAGCUGCCCAAAGAAGUAUUUGCUGUUGACCCGGCACAGACCCAGAACACUGAGGUGGUCUACAGGUGCAGGAAAUGCAGACGGACGCUCUUCCGGCACUCCAGCAUCCUCAGUCACUGUCUGGGCAGCGGUGCAUCUGCCUUCUCUCAUAAACGGGUCAGUGUCGGGGGUUCUGCAGAAGAUCAGACACAGUGCACCUCGUACUUCAUAGAGCCGGUCCAGUGGAUGGAGGAGGCACUGCUGGGAGUGAUGGAUGGACAGCUCCUGUGUCCCAAAUGCAGCUCCAAGCUGGGCUCCUUUAACUGGUACGGAGAUCAGUGCUCGUGUGGACGCUGGGUGACCCCCGCCUUCCAGAUGCACAAGAACAGAGUGGACGAGAUCAAACACAUCAGUAUACCAGCUCUCAAGUGACCCUGCUGAUCAUUUCCUGACACAAAUAAAACUUUAUAUUGUUUA